GCGAGUACCAGUCUAAACUCUAGCGGACAACGGAAAUGGCAAAGACAUGGGUGAAGAAAAAUAUAAACAGAAUGAGUUUUUUGUAAACUGGUGUAUUUGCCGUCGUUUACUGUCGUUUCAGUAAAGCGCAUUCGUCAGAUUGGUUGUGCUAACUCAUGAUACUAUACAGCUUAGUGUGGACGACCGGAUUCAUCAAAAAUUAGUGUUCAACUCUGAAAUCAUGGGUCAGAGUUCAGCUACAAAGCAGACUAAUCCAUGGCCCCUUGGACAUCGAUUCAGCAUAUUCUAUCUGGCUCUUCUGGGGAUGGUCAUCAUUGUAGUCAUUGCAGGGCUGUAUCACUUCUGGCCAAACUCAACAUCCACACAUCAUGACAACAGAAAAGAUUAUAUUAAACACAGUCUUGAGAAUGCAGAGGAGGUUGUGAUUCCAGUAGAUGCUCCGAUUCCAAAAAAGGGUGACAUAAGCUGCACAUAUAACACGUGUUUUGAUGUGUACAAAUGUGGAUACAACGAUGACUAUAAAAUUAGCAUCUACAUUUACCCAUUCAACAAAUAUGUAGAUGACAGCAGUGCACCCAUAACAAGCCUAAUCUCACGUGAAUUUCACGAAAUUCUGACAACCAUAGCGGAGAGCGAGUAUUUCACGACCGACCCGAACAAGGCUUGCAUAUUUGUACCUUCGAUAGACAUGCUGAAUCAGAAUAACCUCAGACUAAGGGAAACUGCACAGGCAUUGCAGUCUCUACCAUACUGGAAUGAAGGUUUGAAUCAUCUUCUCUUCAACAUGAUGCCGGGUAGUAUACCAGACUACAACACUGCACUUGAUGUGCAUCGAGAUAAGGCAAUGGUGGCAGGAGGUGGGUUCUCCACUUGGACAUAUAGACGAGAUUUCGAUGUCAGCAUACCAGUCUACAAUCCUUUACUAAGAGAUGUUGAACUUGCUGAUAAGCCAGUUGGUGAGCAGAAAAUGUGGCUAGCCGUUGCCUCUCAGGUGCUCAUCCACUCUGAGUACAGACAGGAGCUGUCUACGCUUGCCGAGGAAUAUCCGGACAUGCUCGUGUUGGAUCGCUGCAGCAGCACGUCCGGAUCUUUCAACUAUUCCCAGCGCUGCCAGGGUGACCACGUGUUCGACUAUCCACAGAUAUUACAAGAGUCUACAUUCUGUGUGGUACUGCGUGGUGCGAGGUUGGGCCAAGCUGCCCUUGUGGAUGCUAUGAAAUCAGGCUGCAUUCCUGUCAUUGUGGCAGAUACAUAUGUACUUCCUUUCUCAGAAGUACUGGACUGGAAGAGGGCGGCGCUGACGCUGUACGAGUCGGAGUUGAGUGAGCUGAUGGAGGUUCUGCACGCGAUCUCGGAGACACGGGUGGUCAGCAUGCGCCGCCAGCUACGCUUCCUCUACCAGUCCUACUUCAGCUCCAUCAAGAGGAUCACGGAGACAACGCUACGCAUCGUCAACGACAGGGUGUUUCCCUACGCCGGCAGGAAGUCGGACGAAUGGAACACGCCGACGGAUAAGCCGCACCUGUCGCCUCCACUCUUCCUCCCGCUCAUCGCACCGAAGGCGCAGGGAUUCACAGCCGUCGUGCUCACCUACGACCGCGUGCACAGCCUGUUUGAGGUCAUCAACCGCGUUGCGGCCGCGCCGAGUCUCUCCAAGGUGCUAGUCGUGUGGAACAACCAGAAUAAGGAUCCACCGCAGACCUCGAUGUGGCCUCGUAUCAAUAAACCGCUAAAGGUUGUGCAGACAAGAGCCAACAAGUUGAGCAACAGGUUUUAUCCAUACGAUGAGAUUGAGACAGAAGCCAUACUGGCAAUCGAUGACGACAUCGUCAUGCUAACAGCAGACGAACUCGAGUUUGGAUAUCAGGUAUGGAGAGAGUUUCCUGACAGGCUGGUAGGCUUCCCAUCACGUUUAAAUCUGUGGGACAAUAACACUCAGAAAUGGAAAUAUGAGUCAGAGUGGACAAGUGAAAUAUCCAUGGUACUGACUGGUGCUGCCUUCUAUCACAAGUACUACAGCUUUCUGUACACCACUGCCAUGCCUGGUAACAUUAAGGAGUGGGUGGAUGAUCAUAUGAACUGUGAAGACAUUGCCAUGAACUUUCUCAUAGCCAAUUUAACUGGAAAACCGACAAUGAAGGUGGCCCCACGACAGAAGUUCAAGUGUCCUGAAUGCACCAAUGUAGAGAUCUCAGCAGAUCUGGCUCACAUGGUUGAACGAACCGAGUGCAUUAACCUUUUCUCACAGAUAUAUGGGCGCAUGCCUCUAAAAACUGUUGAAUUCAGGGCAGACCCUGUCCUGUACAAGGAAAAUGUUCCAGAUAAUCUAAAGAAGUAUAAGGAUAUUGGCAGCUUAUAGUUAACGAUGUAAUUAUAUAAUCUGGCAUCAUAGUUUAGCCAGAUUCAUUAAUUAUAACAUUCUGCAUAUGAGCUGGUUAUCAUAUAGCAAUAAUAUUGAUAAUUGCUAUGCUAUUCUCAAGUAUUAUGUCAAGGACACUGUUAGUGAGAUAGUAAUGAUGACACGUGUUUAUUUUGUUUGUCUGUUUAGUUUAUCAUUUUACUAUACACAUGAGAAAACAUGCUGCAGCUUACAAUUAGUUUUCUCAAUAAUACAUACACACUUAACAUGAUGAACCAAUAUGCUUGUGCCAGUAGUGUGACAAAGACAUCCUGUUGUAGACAAUGUGAUAUCCCCAUGUAAAUGUCAAAAGUCAUGUUACUGGCAUGGCAAUGCAGUAGUAAUGUAUAUUGUGUAUAAGACUGAGAGGACCAGGACUGCAUGCUCAUAACUUUUUUCAAAUAAAAGGUGUGUACAUGUGUAAUCAGGAGUAAGAUAAUAUAGAAUCCUAUAUUAUCUUACUCCUGAUGUAAUCGCAGCACUUGUAAAAGUCAAACUGAGAGUGACUUAGAGUACCUCGGUGCCAAACCGAUAAGCUAGUGUCAACUUUAUAGGCAGCAGUCAAUUGCACUAAAGCUGUGCAGUGGUAGAUCAUGUGCAGGUAUGGUUGUAUGUCAUGUGUAAUCUCCAUGGCAAAUGUGUGUGUAAGACGUUAAAUCGGUUGACGGUAUGAAUUUACGUUUUGACUCGAUCACGACGCAGACCAGGAGAUGAAGACUUUAUCUAUCCUUUAUAAGUUUAUUAUUAUGAUACACAGCUUUAGAUAAUUAGUUAUACAAUCAAUGUAUUGUGCACACGUUUGUGUGUGUGUUCGCGGGUAAAGUAUGAUUCUCAUUAAGAGCUAUUACAGUACAGAACACUUUGUUCCACACGUAUUGCUUUAAUAUCUAGCAUGCAUUUCGCUAGAAAAUGCGCUUCUUAAACGUUUGUGAUAUUUUUAUACAAAUUUUAAAGUCUAAUAAAUAAGAAUACUUUAUAAUAA